AUGCCUAAAAACGGCGGAAGGAUAAGAAAUUUCAAAAACAGUGAACAUUUUGAACAUGAUGACCGCAUGCACACUUCUGGAACGAGGCGUGUUAGUUUUAAACCAGGCACGAAUAAAGGAAAAAAUAAAUGGAACAAUGCCAAACUGUUAUUGGAUGAUGAUAUCGACAUGACUGGGUCUGCUGGAGGACCCCAUGCACAUCGCAAAGGAGCAUAUAGAGGCCGUGGAGGCCGGUUGAACUCUCCGGCGCCUAGAAUAGGUCAUGGAAUUAACAAAAAGAAAUUCGUCCCUGGUCCUCUACCCUGGUACCAAAUUAUCAUACCAUAUGGAGCCAAACAUGAGAAAGAUGUGAUUCUGAGGACUCUGCUCAGCUUCAUUUCGCCAGAUAUCUUUGUGCCUCACUAUUACAAAAUCAAUGGCAAUGCUGCAGUCUUCUAUGUGGAUGAUGUGAAACUCGCUGAAAAGCUCUUCCAAGCCGACAGAAAGAUUACUAUGUCCGAUGGCUUUAAGUUGAUGGUAAUUGUUCGGAAUACGGUUCCAAGUGUCACUGUUGAUGCAGAGCUGAAGGAGAAAAUGAAAUUGGCAAUGGCUAAGAGAUAUAAUGCUGCUACAAAGGCACUAGACUUGACAAAGUUUCAUGCGGAUCCAGAUUUGGCAGAUGUAUUCUGUGCUUUAUUCCGCCCAGUAGUCAUGUUGGAAGCUAUCAAUAUCAUUGCUGAGAACAUUCCAGAUCUUGAGGCUUUGAACCUCAAUGAUAACAAACUCCAUGGCAUCGAGCACCUGAAGAUCCUACCUAACAAGUUGAAGAGUUUGAAGAUCCUGUACAUGGGUGACAACAGAAUUCCAUUCCUCGGCUCCCUGGAACCAUUGAAGGCGCUACCGCUAGUGGAGUUGUACCUGAAAGGCAAUCCCUUGCUGAACAGGUUUAGCGACCAUGAAAUCUACGUCAGCGAUGUGCGGAAGAAGUUUCCCAAGCUGACGAAACUGGAUGGAGUGGACCUGCCCCCCGCUAUCGGAUUCGACGUUCUAGAAGAUGUGACUCUGCCACCGCGUCAGCAGUCGUUCUUAGUGGACCCUGCUGGCCAAGAUUUGGUUCGCGAGUUCCUAACUCAGUACUUCGCUAUUUAUGAUGCGGAGUCUCGUCAACCCUUGCUGGAAGCCUACCAUGAACAUGCUACUAUGUCCAUGGCAGCUAGUUACCUUACUAAUGAUAGUAGGAAUGCAGCUACGCAAAGAUUAAACGCGUACAUAACAAACAGUCGCAAUAUUACGCGUAUCACGGAGCGGGAGGCCCGGCGUAGAUACCUGCGCACUGGCAGACUGCAGGUCGUCUCUUUCCUCUCCGACCUGCCGAAGACCACCCACGACUUGAUGGGAUUCGCUGUUGACCUGCUUAUUUAUACUCCCGCCAUGAUCGUUCUGACGAUGAAUGGAGUCUUCAAAGAAACCACGACGAAUGGCAACCCAAUUCGUUCCUUCCAUAGGACGUUUGUUAUCGUGCCCAACGCCGGCGGUGGAUUCUGCAUCAUCAAUGAUAUGCUCUUCAUCACCAACACAACUAAGGAACAGGAUGAGAAAGCAUUUGUUAGUGGAGUUGCAGUGGAGCCGACUCCGCCCACUCCAGCGCCGACACCGACGCCCGCCAUGGUACAGCCGUCACAGGACGAGACGCAGAAGAUGAUGCUUACCAUGCUCAGCCAACAGACCGGCAUGAACGACCACUGGAGUGUUAAUUGCUUAGAACAAACAGGAUGGGACUUCCAACGAGCAUUAUUCGUGUUUAACCAACUAAAUACAGAAGGCAAGAUUCCUCCCGAAGCAUUCGUCAAGUGA